GAAUUCAGCCACGUGAUCCUUUGCGUAACGUGGUUACGUCACGGCUGUUUGUUUAGCCGCGGAGCAGGAGGCUCAGCGGGGUGACCCGGUUCUGGGACUCGAACCGCCUCCGCGUUCUGACAUGAACGUGUUCAGGGGAGACUCCCGCGGACCUCAGGUCUGCCGUGACAGGAGGGUGCGCUGAUGAGCCUCACCUCGCCUGGAUUCUGGAAGUCCGUGACGCCGACGGCCAUGAGCGGGGGUGCAGGGGCGGGGCCUCGGGGGCCCUACCUGUCCUUCAUCACUGACAGGAACGCCAACCUGCUGAUCCGGGGGGGGCUGCUCUUCUCCGUGGGGGUGUUCCUGGCGCUGGUGCUGAACCUGCUGCAGGUGCAGAGGAACGUCACGCUCUUCCCGCCGGACGUCAUCAGCAGCAUCUUCUCCUCGGCGUGGUGGGUUCCUCCGUGCUGCGGCACCGCCUCAGCUGUGAUUGGUCUGCUGUACCCCUGCAUCGACAGCCGGGUGGGGGCGCCGCACCGCUUCAAGAGGGAGUGGUCCAGCGUGAUGCGCUGCGUGGCCGUCUUCGUGGGCAUCAACCACGCCAGCGCCAAAGUGGACUUCGCCAACAACGUCCAGCUGUCGCUGACACUGGCGGCGCUGUCCAUCGGGCUGUGGUGGACCUUCGACCGGUCCCGCCGCGGCUUCGCUCUGGGCGUGGCCAUCGCCCUGCUGGCGACGCUGACCACGCAGCUGCUGGUCUACAACCAAGUCUUCCAGUACACCUCCCCCGACUUCCUGUACAUCCGCUCCUGGCUGCCCUGCAUCUUCUUCGCCGGGGUCAUCACCAUGGGAAACAUCGGACGGCAGCUGGCUUUGUACGAACACAAACUCCUCCAGAAGACCCACCAGGACUGAGGGGAGACCUGCUCCGCCCCCCCAGCACACGGACUCAGUAUUUGACGAGCCUGGGGGGUCUGCUCCACCACAGCGGUGCCAACCCCACCCAGACGGAGUCAGAGUGGGUGGAGGACUGUGAGCAGCUUCACCUGUGCAGGUGUGAUCCAGCUCACCGAGGAGAAGCCCAAAGGGGAGGAGCUUAGGGGGUCGGCUCCACGGGUCCAGGAGGACUCAGUCUUCUUGUUCCUCAGCAGAGGUCCACCUUAGGACCGGAUCUGGAUCGGACCUUCUGAUGCUCGUGAAAUCAGUGUUUUUAUGGUUUGGGAAGUCUGAUGAUGAAACGACUGUCGGAUCCAGAAAUCUGAAAUAAAGAGAAGUAUUUGUUCUGUUUCA